UCCCUUUUUUCGGACGUUGCAAAUCCCUAUUUCUCCCCCUCCCCCUUCACUUCCUGCCGUUUUCCUCCUUUCUAUUAUACGCAAACCCUAAAGAAGAGAUAAGCUUGGUGGAGGCAGUAGUAGUUGAUUGGCAUUGGCUUUGUUUCCCUUUCACGAAAAUUCUGAACUUGAGGGUUUAAGCAAAACACAUGGAGGUGAAAGCAGAAGAAUUGUCAUCAACAGUGGUUAAAAGGAAAUCUGCAGAGGAAAGUUCAACUGGUGCAGAAGUUCCAAAGGAAGAAUCAGCCCCGAAAAGGCGCAAUUUGACUCGAACAUGUGUGCAUGAGGUGGCAGUUCCAAGUGGGUAUUCCUCAUGUAAGGAUGAAUCUGUUCAUGGGACUCUUGGGAAUCCUGUUUAUAAUGGAGAGAUGGCAAAAAACUACCCAUUUAAGCUUGAUCCAUUUCAAGAAGUUUCUGUCGCAUGCUUGGAACGGAAUGAGUCAGUUUUGGUCUCAGCACAUACAUCUGCUGGAAAGACAGCAGUUGCAGAGUAUGCUAUUGCAAUGGCAUUUAGGGACAAACAAAGGGUUAUAUAUACUUCACCAUUGAAAGCAUUGAGCAAUCAAAAAUAUAGAGAGUUGAGUCAAGAGUUUUCUGAUGUUGGUUUAAUGACAGGUGAUGUUACACUUUCACCAAAUGCAAGCUGUUUGGUGAUGACCACAGAGAUCCUAAGAGGGAUGCUCUAUAGGGGUUCUGAGGUGUUGAAGGAGGUUGCUUGGGUUAUAUUUGAUGAAAUUCACUACAUGAAAGAUCGUGAGAGAGGCGUUGUUUGGGAAGAGAGUAUAAUCUUCUUGCCGCCAGCUAUUAAGAUGGUUUUUCUUUCUGCUACGAUGUCAAAUGCCACUGAGUUUGCUGAAUGGAUAUGUAAUUUGCAUAAGCAGCCAUGCCAUGUGGUUUACACCGAUUUCCGCCCUACCCCAUUACAGCAUUAUGUGUUUCCGGUGGGCGGUUCUGGAUUGUAUCUUGUAGUUGAUGAGACUGAGAAGUUUAGGGAGGACAAUUUUGUGAAAGUACAGGAUACUUUCGUCAAGCAGCAUCCAGCAAAUGGAAGCAAGAGUAUGAAUGCCAAGUCAAGUGGCAGAAUUGCAAGAGGUGGGAAUGCUUCUGGUGUCUCUGACAUAUACAAAAUUGUCAAGAUGAUUAUGGAACGGAAAUUUCAACCAGUCAUAAUUUUCAGUUUUAGUAGAAGAGAAUGUGAACAGCAUGCAAUGUCUAUGUCCAAACUUGAUUUCAAUACACAAGAGGAGAAGGCUGAUGUUGAAAAUGUAUUCCGGAGUGCAGUGCUCUGCUUGAGUGAGGAAGAUAGAAACCUACCUGCCAUUGAACUUAUGCUGCCCCUGCUUCAACGUGGGAUUGCUGUGCACCAUUCUGGCCUGCUUCCUAUUAUCAAGGAACUUGUAGAACUUCUGUUCCAAGAAGGACUUGUUAAGGCUCUAUUUGCCACUGAGACGUUUGCAAUGGGAUUGAAUAUGCCUGCAAAAACUGUAGUUUUUACUAGUGUCAAAAAAUGGGAUGGUGAUAGUCAUCGAUACGUUGGAUCUGGUGAGUAUAUCCAGAUGAGUGGAAGAGCUGGACGCCGUGGCAAAGAUGAGCGUGGUAUUUGUAUCAUAAUGAUUGAUGAGCAGAUGGAGAUGAAUACUCUCAAGGAUAUGGUUUUGGGGAAACCAGCACCACUGCUCAGCACAUUUAGGCUUAGUUACUACACAAUUUUGAAUUUAAUGAGUCGUGCUGAAGGCCAAUUUACUGCCGAGCAUGUUAUCAAGAACUCUUUUCACCAGUUCCAGUAUGAGAAGGCCUUACCUGAUAUAGGGAAAAAGGUUUCCAAGCUAGAACAAGAAGCUGCUAUGCUUGAUGCCUCAGGGGAGGCUGAAGUAGCUGAAUAUCAUAAGCUAAAGCUUGAGAUAUCACAACUUGAAAAGAAAAUGAUGGCUGAAAUAACACGACCUGAAAGGGUUCUCUAUUUCCUACUGCCUGGUAGACUGGUUAAGGUUCGGGAGGGCGGAAAGGAUUGGGGUUGGGGGGUGGUUGUCAAUGUGGUUAAAAAGCCCCCAACAGCAUCAGGUUCUUUGCCUGCUGCACUUUCUGCUUCGCGUGGUAGUACCUAUAUCGUGGAUACAUUACUCCACUGUUCCCUUGGCUCCAGUGAAAAUGGUUCUCGACCCAAACCAUGUCUUCCCAUUCCUGGAGAAAAGGGUGAAAUGCAUGUGGUUCCUGUUCAACUGCCUCUGAUAUCUGCACUCAGCAAACUGAGAAUAUCUGUUCCUCCUGAUCUCCGGCCGCUUGAAGCAAGGCAAAGCAUCCUGCUUGCUGUACAGGAGCUUGAAAAACGUUUUCCUCAAGGCCUCCCUAAGCUUAAUCCUGUGAAGGACAUGGGCAUAGAAGAUCCUGAAUUUGUUGAUAUGAUGAGCCAAAUAGAGGAACUGGAGAAAAAGUUGUUUGCUCACCCUUUGCACAAGUCACAAGAUGAGCAUCAGCUUAAGUCUUUCCAGAGGAAGGCUGAGGUUAACCAUGAAAUUCAACAGCUCAAGUCAAAAAUGCGUGAUUCACAGCUUCAAAAAUUUAGGGAUGAACUUAAAAAUCGCUCCCGGGUACUGAAAAAACUGGGUCAUAUUGAUGCUGAUGGUGUUGUCCAAUUGAAAGGAAGAGCAGCAUGCUUGAUAGACACAGGAGAUGAACUCCUUGUUACUGAACUAAUGUUUAAUGGUACUUUCAAUGAUCUUGACGACCAUCAAAUUGCGGCUCUGGCAAGUUGCUUCAUCCCAGGGGACAGGUCAAAUGAACAGAUUCAGUUAAGAGCUGAACUUGCUAAACCAUUACAACAGCUACAAGAGAGUGCAAGAAGAAUAGCAGAGAUCCAACAUGAAUGCAAGUUGGAAGUAAACGUGGAUGAAUAUGUGGAGGCUUCUGUUCGACCAUAUUUGAUGGAUGUUAUUUAUUGUUGGUCAAAGGGAGCAUCGUUUGCAGAGGUUAUACAAAUGACUGAUGUCUUUGAAGGCAGCAUAAUACGGCUAGUUAGAAGGCUUGAUGAAUUUCUGAACCAGUUGAAGGCUGCUGCCCACGCAGUAGGAGAAGUUGGUUUGGAGAACAAGUUCACCGCAGCCAGUGAAAGCCUAAGACGAGGAAUUAUGUUUGCAAAUUCUUUGUACCUCUGAAGUAGCAAAUGUGGAAGCUGAUUUUUCCUGUCUGCUGGGAGAGUGACAUUACCUUACCUAGGAAAUGAGGUUUGUGUAUUCAGAUAGCAUGUUAGCAUGUGGUUUUUCAUUGGUUGAUAUGUAAGAUGCAUGCUUCUACUGAUUUCUCUUUCUUCUCCUCUCUCUAGUCUAACCUCAUUUUUGUAUACAUGCUGACAUGCAAGUAUGUUGUAGGAACAACCAAAGAGAAUAUUUGUUGCUAUAGUGUUACGAUAUACGGACUCCAUAGUUUUCUCUUUGCUCAAGGAAUUCAAUGAUUUUUAAUUAAUUGUAAAAUUUUUGGCUGAAAGAUUUUUUUUUUUUAUUUAAACA